AUGCUCAUGAAGUUAUUAUCGUUCCAUAAAUUGUUUCUGCGACAGGGUGUUGCCAUUCGCGGACACACUGAAGAGGAAGGAAACCUUUACCAGGAUCUUAAAUGCAGGUGUGAAGGUGUGCCUGGUCUUGAAGCAUGGUUAAGAAAGGGAGAGUACAGAUCACAUGACAUAAUCAACGAAUUGAUCGAAUUGAUGUGUAUGAAAGUCUUGAGAGAACUACUUGCGGAAAUUCGGGAUGCUGAAUGCUACUCAAUUAUUGCUGAUGAAACCCGAGACCUAAGCGGUGCUGAGCAGUUUUCAGUUUCCAUACGUUGGGUAGACUCGGAGUACAACAUUUCGGAAGAUCUGAUUGGAAUGGUUGAAGUAGAGAACACAACUGCAGAAGUCCUAACAUCGGUAAUUAAGGACACUUUGUUACGUUGUGUUCUUCCGCUUUCUCAGUGUCGUGGACAAGCAUACGAUGGGGCUGCCAAUAUGGCAGGGUGCAUUAGCGGUGUUGCAAAGCGCCUUCAGGAGGACGAGCCGUCUGCACUCUUUGUUCAUUGCUUGGCACAUAAUCUCAAUUUGUGUCUGCAGGAUUGCGGGCGUCAGUGCGAUGCAGUGAAAGAAGCUCUCAAUCUGACUUCGGGCGUGGCUACUAUAAUACGUGCAUCGCCAAAGCGUUUUGCAAUUUUUAGACACUUACAAGAAGAAUUUAACAUGGAUGCUUCGGGAUUGAAACCACUAUGUCCAACCCGCUGGACUGUGCGAACAGGUGCGAUCAACGCCAUCUUGAAGAACUAUGAAAUCAUCUGUAAUGAACUGGAACAAGUAAGUAAGGAUUCUGGACCUUCAGCUUCAAAUGCAUCUGGAUAUGUUGCUUUAAUGGAAAGGUUUCAAACUUUCUUUGGGCUACGCCUGUCAUACUUGGUGUUCAGUGCUACUGAGCAACUCUCCAGAACAUUACAGGGGCAUGACCUUAAUGCUCAGGAUGCUGCGAUGGCUGUCUCUCAAGCAGUAUCGUUCCUUACAAGGCAACGCUCAGACGCAGCAUUUUCUGAAUUCUUUCAAGCGACCGUUAGCAAGUCAAAGAAUCUAACCGAGCCGCCCAAACUUCGCAGGCCUAAAUCUAUACCUAAACGUCUUGACGACGGUUCUGCCAAUCACACAUUUACGUCUCCAGAAAGUUUUUUUCGUCAUCAGUAUUUCGAAGUAUUGGAUCUGGUGAUAAAUGAGAUGAGGCGCAGAUUCAACCAACCUUCUUUUGCAAUUUUGAAAGAAAUUGAGAGUUUACUAUUGAAGUCUUGUAGUGGUGUCACAACCCAACCAUCUGAAAGUUUGUCAGCAUUAUAUGCAAAAGACCUCGACCUUGACAGAUUGAAGGUUCAGCUGUGCAUGCUUCCAGACUUAGUGCGACUGCGAAUGUAA